AUGGAUUUCAACGUGAUCAGUGAAAGAAAAACAUUGAACGACGUCAUCACUGUAAAAUUAGAACUGAUCGACACCUUGCGCGAGAAUACUGUAACACCAGACCGCGAAGUUUUUCGUCGCGUUCGCAAAGUGAUCGUUUUCCGUUCUGGUGCCGGGGUGGAUGUUUACCUCAGUGACGUGCAGUGCAAACAUCAACAGAGAUAUGAAGAGAUUCAGCAGAUUUCUAGGUUCCACAUAGUCAUAGAGGAGUUUUUCAGCUACUCGCUUACUAAUCUACCUUUCAUAUCGCCACCAUAUCCGACUGGCACUACCCCUUGUUCACCAUUGCAGGCUCCACAAGCAACGACCUCAUAUCCUAGGUUAUGGCAAACGAUCUCCUUGUUUGCCUACCGCCUAUCCAAAAUGUUAAUGCUAGCGAUAAGCUCCACAAGCAGCGACCUCAUCUCCCCACAGCGUGCCCCCACGUUAUGGCAAACGAUCUCCUCGUUUGCCGACCGCCUCUCCAAAAUGUUAACGCUAGCGAUGAGAAGGGAAGAUAGACCAUCGAGAGUGCCUGUGACCACAGCCGGCGACGAGUUCAUCGAUAUACUGCAGGUGCAGCAGCUUCUGAUCAAUGAGACGCGCAGGGAGCCGCAGGCUGCGCCACAGCCGCCCCAGCAGCAUGCCAGGCUGCUGGAGGGGUUCGGCUCCGCUGCGGCGGGGACCGGGGGGUUCUAUGGGAGCUACCAACAGCCCCAGCCGUCUUCGGCGAGCCCAAGCGCCGGCGUUACGUCACCGGCACGUCACACCGCAGUGGGGGAAUGCGCGCCGUGGUGGGGAGCGAUCACGUCCUUCUCGCCGCCAUUGGCCGCCCCUAGCCCGCGACUUCCUAAUAUGGAACGCUGA